AUGUCGCAAACUACUUGCAUUGACGCAUGUUACAGAUCAAUUGAAGAAUUAAAACUUAUAGUUACAAAUUUUAAGAAAAGUAAAAAAAUCUUUGAACCAAUUAUUCGCUCAUCAUCAGAAACUAUUCGAGCCUUACGUUAUGUAAAGCCUGAAAUUGAAACAUAUUUUCGACAAUAUAAGGAUGCCUUUAAUAAAUAUAAAAUUACGUUAGAAAAUAUAAAAAAAUUUGCAGAUGAAAUAAAGAGUAAAGAGAAUAGCAUCUUUUAUCCGUAUAAGCAAGUGAAAGAGAAAUACGAUAAAUUGUUAAAAGAAUAUGAGGAUUGCGAAAUGAAAAUACAUCCGAUUCUAAUUAAAGUUAUAAUGAACAAGCAAGAAUGUCAACAGGAAACUUUUAAGAAAAUUCAUGAGAUUUUACAAACUAUUCCUGAUGACAAUAAGAAAGAACAGAUAGUCGAAAUUGAAAAUAUGGUUCAAGGCUUAACCGAAAGAUCAGGUUCAGAAAAAACAGGUUCAGAUAUCUACAUUCCACGAGGCCGUAGAGAAACCCAAGAAAUUCCUACAUUGGACUCUCUUGGCGUUCAAAGAAAAUACUCAAGAAUCAUUACAGAAGGAUGGGAAAAUAACCCAGAAAAAAGGAUUAGAAUGGAAGAAAUUCUAUGGAGAUUUUCGGAUAUUGAAGGUGAACUUACCAAACUUAAGAAAAAUAAUUUGGGCUCUGGCCGUUCAACUGUCCGUUUUUUAAAUCCAAAUGGACGCAAUACAAAAUCUGCUACAAGAGCUGUUUCAAAUCCAGACAAGCCUAAUUUCACGAUCGAUGCAGAGUUUUUGAAAAAAAGAAGACAAAGUGCUUUUGAACCAUCCAAAAAAGUGGUUAGUCUGUCGCCACCACCAACACCGUCCACACCGGGAUUUUUAAUAACGUCAUCAGACGAUGAUACUUCGAAUUCAAUAAAAACUGAUGAUACGAUUGAAACACUAAGUGAGACUUCGUGUUCAAUAAAAUCUGAUGAUACGAUUGAGACACUAAUUGAGACUUCGAAUUCAAUAAGAACUGAUGAUACGAUCGAAACACUAAGUGAGACUUCGUGUUCAAUAAAAACUGAUGAUACGAUUGAAACACUAAAUGAGAUUUCGAAUUCAAUGACAAACUUUGAUGAAAUGAUUACCAACUUAACCAUGCCCGAAGAAUUUAAAGAUAUAGUGUCUAAUCAAAAGGAUAAUGGAUCUUUUGAAGUUAGCGAGACGAUUUGUAAAGAAAUGAACGUUCCCAUUAUAGAAAUAAUACCUACAUUAAAGAAAUUCACUCAAAAUAAUAAACUACAAUAUUCAGAAUCAGAUUCAUGGUGGAAAACAGCACUUACUCUUAGUUACCUUAAAGUCGCUGCACUGCUUCAUGAAAUACAAUGGAAAGAUAAUUGCAACAAAGCUCUCGAAUACCUUUCUAAACAAAUUGGAGAUGCUGCUGUUGAAAAAGAAUUAUUAGAUUGCACUGAUAAAUAUGUUGCUGAUAGUCUUGCUUCCUUAGAGAAAUGUACAGAAAUUACAUCUAAACAGGAAGAGGAUGGCAGCAUUGAAUCAGACGUUCACAAAGGAAAUAUUAUUAAUAAGAUCAAAAAGAACAUUACUAUCAAAAACCUUCAAUUACCUGAAUUCUUACUAAGUCUUGCACCCGCCGCCAUUCAUCAUUCAUCUCAACAUCAAUGUGAAUGGAGAGACAAAUAUAAUAAAUUAAUCGAAGAACCACAAGAUGAAUCGCUUGUUAAACAUUGUGAGAUAACUCAUGCCGAUAAAGAAUCAGAUCAAAAUAUAAAAGUAGUAAACUACGAUUUG